AUGCUCGCCUCGACCCUCCUCGCUCUCGCCGGCGCCGCGCUCGCGAUCGCUGCUCCCGACGGCGGCUACGGCGGCGGCGGCACGGACGUCGUCAAGGACUCGGACCUCAAGAAGAAUGAGAAGGCGCUCAAGGUCUCGCUUCGCGAGCUCUGCUACCGCAACCUCUACGCCGACGUCGAGAAGCACAAGCUCAAGUACAACCGGGAGACGCUCGUUCAGGACGCGAACGGCAAGGACGUGUUCCUGUUCGACGGCAUCAAGAAGGACUCGAACGACAAGGAGUACUACUACGAGGAGUUCUGCUACAAGCAGUUCAACCUCAAGCAGCACGACUCGGACGUCAAGAAGCAGAACACGGCCGUCAUCGACGGCGGCAAGGGCGGCCACUACAAGCGCGGCUUCAACGACAAGGACGGCCUCUUCUCGCUCGACGACUUUGGCCACGGCUUUGACGGCGGCAUCGGCGGCUACGGCGGCGGGUACGGCAACGACGACUACGGCCGCGACGGCUUCGGGCGCGACGACGGCAAGUUCGGCCGCGGCGGCUACGGCGGCUACGGCGGCCGCGACAACUACGGCUCGUUCGGCGGUCGCGGCGGCUUUGGCGGCGGCUUUGGCGGCAAGGGCUACGACAACGACUACGGCUACGGCAAGGGCGGCUACGGCAAGGGCGGCUACGGCGGGUACGACGACGGCUUCCGCGGCGACGGCUACGGCGGUGGGUACGGCGGCGGGUACGGCGGCGGCUUCUACAAGAGGGACGUGCAGGCGUGA